AUGGAGAAGCUCACGUCUCUGUUGCCGCUGGAACUGAGGCGGGACAUCUCCGAUAGCUCUCCGGAGGAGCUCGAGUACACCUGCCAAGCGCUACUUGAUUUUCUCCACCCUCUGCCCCAAUUCCAGCGCGUACGUUCCCCGUCUCUGCACUUCCAAGUAAAAGUUCCUGCGAACUCUUGUGGCUCUUUCUCCUAAGCUUACAUGGCCCAUUUCGAUUCAUUUCAGGUUGUUCGAGAGCUGACUGACCCACAACUGGGUCUGUGCAGGAAGAGCAGGGAGGUGUCUCUAGAUUUAAAGAAAAAGGGAAAUGAUUGUUUUGCUGGUGGCGAUUAUGGAAAGGCCCUGAACUUCUAUUCACAGGUCUUGUUUUCUCCUGUUACUUUUUUUUUUUUCAUCAUGUCAGCUCUGUGAAGAAUUACUAGACGAUACAAGAUCGCUGCAUAUGCCCCGUUGUCUUUGAGGGAGGCAGUUUUUCUGGGUCUUAUCGUCCCUAUCGAUCUCAACUAUCCUAAAUGAUAUGGAUUACUUGAAAAAUGCUGACUGAAUAUUCUCCCACCUAAACUUGAAAAGUUUUAUAUACUUUGCUCGAGCCGGUUUUUUUUUUCUAUUAUACAGCUCAUGAUUGUGGAAAUGAAACUGGUAACAAUACCUUAUCUGUUUGAUAGGCAGUACGUCAUGCACCAUUGAGCUCUGAUGACAUGGAUAAAACAUUGCUGGCCACACUGUACGCCAAUCGGGCGUCUUCCAUGCAUGUGAGGCUCCUUUUUUUUUGCUUUACUGGACCAUGCAGUAAAUUGAUAUCCGUUUUUGUGCUGCUAGAAAUAAAAUUGUUAUCUUUUGUCGGUAUCCUGGCUUUCCUUGCAUUUUUCUCUGUAAUAAAGUUUGUGUUCCCUUUUUUUCUGCAUUUCCAUUAUUUUUAAUGACGAGAGAUGUAGAACUACUCAAUAUUAGUAGAUUUGCAAAAACACCUAUUGUCCCUGUUGAAAUGGGUUUUAAGGAGCUGGUGGAAUAUAUUGAUCGUCUUUCUUAAGUAUGGUAUGUUGCAGUGAUCUCAAUAACUGUAAAAUUAAUUAUCGCUUAGUUUUCCCUUAGACUAUUGAAGUGGAUGUCACCAUGUUGACAGAACAAAAAAGCAUGGCAAGAAAGUUUAAAGGAACAAAUUGUUGUGAACUUCUUAGCGAAUCUGGUGGAAGAAUUUUUUUUAGGGUUGAGUAAGCAUGCCAUUAACUUUGUCUAUUAGUCAUGCAUUGAACUUUGUGGGGUGACAUUGUUUUGGAAGACAAGUUGUUUUGGAUUGAACUGUAUUCUUAGAAAAUAGGCAGUGUAUUACGGUCCCAUCACGCGAAAGUGUUGUUCCCGUUUGCAUUUCAACUUAAUCCCUUCUUGAAUGAUUCAAUGAUGUACUCAGAGAUAUGUGCAGAAAAAAUCAGUAAAUGUUUUCGCUGGUCAAAACUGCAUAUAGAUGAUUGCAUGUGCAUAGUAAGAUAUUCAGGCCAGAUAAGUUAUAACAUUGAAAAUUCAGAAAAUAUUGUCAUCUAUUAUUUUCCUUGUUUCGUUUAGACUAUUUACUAUCUCUUCAUUUAUUGAAUAGUUUUUAUGGUAUCUUGAAGAGCCACAAAAUAUCCAGGCUCUUUCAGAAAAACCUAGAGUUUUUUAGAGUGAUUAAAAAUGCCAUAAUUAGUAUUUAAACCGGUGUAGAGGUUAAUUCAGAUAAAAAAAAUUCUGGAAUCUAUUCUAAAGGGAUUUUCUAGGCAGCUCCAGUGAGAGGAGAGGGCAAAGACCUGAUCAAGAAGAUCAAGAUCCUGGUUUGAAAGUUUUACUUUUGAAUUUUUUUUGGUUGUGGAGAUCUUUGAGCCUGUGCAGUUGUAUGUUUAUCUGUCGAAGGAGAAACAUUCGUUUGACAAUGUUUGCCCAGACCAUCAUCGUUUAAACCAAAUAUUUUUAUUUUUAUUUUGGGAAAAAUACUUCCCCGAUUUAACCAUAUUUGAUAAAGUCCUUAAGGAGCUACCCUCAUUCAUUGCUGUUUUACGUUUGUGCAUUAUUCCUCAUUACAUUUUCUAUUUUACGAGUUGAGAUGGUUUGUAUCCGGAAACUUCUGUGUUUAUUUUACUUAAUGUAAAUAUUGACUAAAUUUUCAUCGUGUUCAUUAUCUAUUAAUCUACAGAAUCUGAACCUCAUUGAAGAGUGUAAGCGAGAUUGUGGUCGAGCUAUUUUGCUUUCCCCUUGCUAUGUGAAGGUAACAUUUGUUAAUGGUCUUGUUUACUAGGAGUUUACAUCAUCUUUAUGCCUAUUUUCUUAUAUGUCGGUUUUUUAGAGAACUGAUUAUACCCAUAUUUCUCAUCUGUAUUCACAGUAGCGCUAUUUAAACCAAUUAUCAAUUACUGAACCGGAGAACACACUAAACUGCACUCACCAGUACUCUUCACUUCCAAGAAAAGAUAUGAUGAAAGAAUGCAACAAAACUUGAAGCAAAAUUCAUGCACCUGCUUUAGGGUUGGGAAAUGACAACAUAAAUAUUGGAAUGCGCUACUAUUUUCUUAGUUCAAUCUUUCUGUAAAGACCACUGUUGAAGGAGAGGAAGAGCAAGAUAGAGAAGGCUGAAGAAACCUAAUCAAGAGGUCUUCUUGGAGGGAAUUUCUCACAAGCAGAUGUGGCUAGAAUGUAUAAUAUUUUGGGCUGUUGAGUCUACAAGCCCAGCGGCCAGUCCGAGCUUGCACAACAGAAAAGCCCAGUGGGUACAAGAAUGUAGACAAUCGUCAGUAGCAACUAACACAUGCUAUCUUUUUCUUUUUCUUCUCUUUUCUUUUCUUCCUUUUUUUUAUUUUUUUUAUUUUACUAAUAUUCGCUUCAUCCAAUAUUUAGUGAUGUUCUAUUUCCUUUUCUUUUUUGGACAAGGCAUGGUAUAGGAGGGGAAAGGCUAAUGUCGUGUCAAAGAAUUAUAAAGAAGCAGUUCAUGAUUUGGAAGUUGCCUUGAGCAUGGAAAGCUCUUCUUCCGGCAAGAUCCAUAUCAAGAAAGAUCUUGAUAUAGCUAUAAGCUAUUUCAAGGGCACAGUUGAGACAAGCGACUUGGCCAAUCACGCCAUGAAUGAAACUACGAGUUCACGUUGUAAGUCCCUCUAUUAUGUUGCAUUUUCUUUGUCAAAGCACCGGAUUAAAUGGCCAUCUUUGACUUUCAAUUUUGAUAGCUUGUCUUAUUGAUAAUAUAACGACUAUCUGACUGGAUUUCGUACUUGUAGUCAAGUUACAUAGCCUAUACACCACUCAUAAUCUGUGGAAGUUACAUAGAAUCUUUGGAUUCUCCCAUAAUCUGCUGAAGUUUCCUUAUCCCCCCCCCCAUAACUAGGGAUACCAUAUUUGAAUGGAGCUUGCUGUCCUGUAAAUUUCUAAUGUGCUCUGCAUAUUCAACGAGGCAAUAUGCCUAUUUUUGUAGCAAAUAUGUUGAAAUCUGCCCUGAUGUUCAUAGGUACUAUUUAUGAUUAUCUGAGUCUGUGCCCUUUAAUGUUGAUAAUUCAGGCCGUUUCUUCACAAUGGAACUUUGUAAAUUUUACUGUUAACCUCCACGCCGAUCAUCUUUUCCAUGAAUUCUGGGAGAAAUGGGAAGACAAAACCACAACCUUCUUUUACAAUCUUAGAACCUUUCAAUUUUUUUACAAUGGAUCCCUAAUUUUCAUCUGUGAUGAUAUAACCUCAUUUUUGGGCAGCUAGAUCAAAGUUUUUCAAAAAUUUCAUCAUUUUAGUACCUUUAAUAUACUAGCACAUUUGUCAUUAGUGAUGACUUUGGCUGAUGCUCUGUUUCCUAUGUGGAGGUCAAAAUUCCGAUUGAUUUUGUAAACUAUCUGAGUUACUGAACUCUAGUAUCAUAUUUCAUUUCUCUGUAAGCUAAGAUGUCGUUUUUUUUUUUUUUUUCUCAGCCUCUGAACCAAGUAACAGCAUGCCUGAGCUCCAAUGUAAAUAUACAGAAGCUAAAGGAAAUGGAAUGAUUUCACUAAACUGCAUAUCUCCGGGUACUUUAAUCCAUUAUGAAGAACCUUUGGCUGCGGUAUGGCAAUCUAUCACGUUGAGAAACGUUAGAUUUAUGAUGAUUUGACCAAUUCUGGAUAACUGAAUUCAACAUAUUUCUAGCUUCUAAUGUUGCACGGGAUUCGUCUCUUACUCCUAACAACGGUUCACAGAUUAUUUUGAAGAGUUGUCGGGAGACUCACUGCCAUGUUUGUCUAAAUGAACUCCCCACUGAUGUUAUUUUCUGUUCAUCAUGUACAAUACCAUUGUACUGCUCCGAGCAAUGCCAAGAAAAGGCAAUUGGAAAAUCAGACGGAACCAAAAAGGUAAGAAAUUGUCAGCAUUGUCGCAGGCUUUCAGGAAACAACAUAAUAACAGUACUGUGCUUCGAUUAAUGAAAACCUUCAGGAAUUUGCUGAACACAAGCAUGAAUGCGGAGGGUCGAACUGGUCUGCCGUCCUGCCUGCUGAUGUCGUUUUGGUUUGCCGAGUCAUGGCAAAGGUUAUAUAUAAAAGAAAACAUCCUUCAAAGGCUGAUACAUCUCAAGAAAUUUUGGUAUUUUUUUAUGGCUUUCUCCUGGUGUAUUUUAUUGUCUCAAUUUAAUAUGCUAUAAUAAUAGGUUAUGAUUUCAUUUUUUCAUGGUAGGAUUUUGUUCAUCAUUAUUCACGGAUGGCUUCAGGGACCAAAUUAGAAUCACACAUAUUUUCAAUAAUCCUCUCUUGUUGCCUGAACCAUUAUUUCGGCUCCGACUUCCCAUUCACGGGGGUUUCUGCAGCUCAGGUAUGUGAGAUUUCAAUAUCUAUGAGAUUAGUUUUUGAACAUCAGACCAUUAUCCUUCAGAAUCAGUUUUGAGCUUGUUUGACAAAGCUUCAAAAAGUUCAGACUUCAUGCUGUUGACUUUGCAUGGAAACGGAAGACAACUUUUGUAGUUUGUUGGCAUUGGUAGGCAAUAACGAAUGCUCCUAAAUUGUGGUUUUAAUGUGAGUUUAUCUUCUUCGGAAUUAGUAGUCUAAAUUCGGAUUCAACUAUUUGCCUCUAUAUCAAGUGCCAGUGAUCUUAUACAAUCUUCAAGUAAGGGUCCAAUUGAAAUAUAUCACUCUUCUUGCUGAAAACUCACUUUGACCCGUUGGUUACUUGGAUCUUGUAGGGCCCUCACAACUGUUGACCUACCUAGUAUUUAUGCUCUGGACUAAAACUAGACUAGAGGAAUUUUCUUGGCACAUAGCCCCAUGCCAAGCGAAGAGUCUCACACCGUGUCAUGUCUUUUCUACAUGACAAGGAACCUUCUUCCUCGCAGUUUGAUCACUCUACUGUAAUUUUUUAAGAAACUGUAGUUUUUAUCUUGAAUUGGAAGUGGCCAAAGUAGGGCAUCUUUCGUUCUUGGAUAAAUGAGUUGAGCAGUUUUUUUCACCAGAGGUGUUCGGAAGUGGCUUCCAAGUUUCAUCAGGUCUGUGCUAAAGAACGUCAGUUUACUUGAUGCCCUAAUGAAGUGACAAAACCUUGUGCUGAAAUCCCAGAGACCAGUUUGUGUUUUGACGAGAGAUCCAAUUUUAUCUUCGCUUUAAAUUGUUCUUGCUUUUAGUUAUUGACAUUUUACCCGGGUUUCUUGUAGCUGGUCAUAAUCAUGUCUCAGAUGAAGGUCAACUCCAUGGCAAUCGUGCAUAUGAGGAGUCUCCAGCAAGCCAGAGGGACCUAUUCAAUCGAAAAGGCCUUAACAUCCAACAUAGAACAGGUCUGUCGUCUUGUUGUGUUUUACUUGCCCAAUUUAGCAUCUGAUCUUCCCACAGAAAAGCUCUUAUAUGGUCCAAUUUUGGAAUGAAAUAAUGCUUCUUGUGUGGAAUAUUUAGAAACCUUAAUCAUAAUACUAUGCAUGGUUCUUGAAAGGCCCAUCAUCCAUGGUUCUUUUAUUUUGGCCAUCUUCAUGCGACCUAGCUCAGAGUAGGGCAGGCGAUCUACUCAACAGGCAGGCUGUUCAACCACUCAUGCCAGCCCAACCUCCAUGCUUACUUCCUCUCGCGAAGGCUUCUCCUACGUUCAACAGAGCCUGUGCCGGCAGGAUCCCCUCUGGAGCUCUCUUACGGCCCCCAGGUGCCAGACUUCUCCAUUACCCUAAAAUAUCUCCCUGCAACUUCAACAUGACCCAUCUCCAGAAGUAUCCAUCUUUAUCGUAGCUUGGGCAGUGGGGCCUGGAGGAACGGCGGAGGCUACUGAAAGAUCAAUAUUUCUUCACAUGCCAGUGCAGCGGCUGCAUGGGCAUUACUCUGCCGGAUCUGCUAAUCAAUGCUUUCCGGUGUAUGAACCCUGCUUGCCCUGGUGUGGUCCUGGAGAGCUGCCCAGCAAGAGGAAGCUCCAUGGAUCCACCUCCCGUAUGCAAUCAUCCUCUGUAUCCUCUGAUCAAAGCUAUGUGAGUCCAAGGUUCAUGUCCCUGAUGAUCUCUCGGUCUGCUUGCAGAAGACGGAGGAGAUCCAUAAGAUAGGGCGGCUCUUGUUUCUUCACAGCGGGCUCCAGAUUCGCCCAGGAUCUUGUCUGAACUGUGGCUCGGAGUUAGACCCAAGAUCGUUAACUUCUCUGGCGGAGGCUGCUCUUCUGGAGAUUCAGAGGCACACACACACAGACACACACACUUGUCAUCUUCUUGUUCUUGCCUAAUCAAAUCGGCUUCCACUCUCUUACAGGCUGAGAGAAUCUCCACCGGGUGUUCUCCGGCAUGCUGUGAAGGCCCUCGGGCAACUGAGAUCAGUUAGGCACGCAUACAGCAGGGAUCUCGCUCGGGUCUCAUUUCAUCAAAUACUUGAAUAAUCUACGUCAAUUUCCUCGAUCAUGAUAAUAGGUGAUGAAUGUUUGGAUUUUUAUGUGGGCAGGCAGAGGACAUCGUGGCUGAGAUAUUCUGCUUGGCGGGGGAGCUUGAAUCUGCUCUAGAGCACUGCAAGGCAUCAAUAAAGGUAUGUAUUUGCAUGUUAGAGAGGAGUAUUUCCCAAGGCUGUGGUGGUUGAGAAAUUCUUCUGGGGUUGUGUUUUGCUCUGUGGUUUCCCCUUGUGAAUGUCUGGCUGGCUGCUCUUUUGUGCAGAUCCUAGAGAAGCUUUACCACGACAGCCAUAUAGCUAUUGGGAAUGAGUUGGUGAAGCUCGCAUCACUUCAGCUGUCCCUGGGAGACCAUGCGGCUGCUUCGGACAGCGUAGGCCGCCUCGAAGGGAUCUUCUCUCUCUACUACGGGCCCCAUGCAGGACAAAUCUACCAUUUUUUGGAAAGCCUACGAGCAGCAGCCAAUAGGGCCAAUCCUUAA